AUGGACGCGCCCCGCCGCCGCAACCAAAGCGGCAGCACUGCUGCGCGUCCAGGUUCUCGCUCGUCGCGCCGUAUCCUCAGUGGCGGCGUGCCCGUCGAGCUCGGCGGCGGCGUAGGCAUAUUAGGCCUCUUGAACGAUGAAUCAAACUCGCCCACUACCGCGACGCCGCAAUACUCGUACAACCUCUACGCGAACUUGCCCCUGGCGUCCUCGGCCAGUUCAGGCUCUCCGACGCGUCAGCAACCACUAACAGCGGCAUCGCACAAGAAGGCGGCCUCUUCCACAUCCACGGCCUCUGCUUCGGCCUCUGCUUCGGCCUCUUCCCCCACACUCUCCACCUCACCUGUCUCGCCCCUCCCGAGCUUUGGCACGUGGAGCGUAGGCCCGUCGGCGCCUGGUGUUUCUGUACGCCGCGAGAACGCGUCCAACACUGGCACUGUCUCGAGCGUCGCGUCCACGUCGUCGUCUACAUCCACAUCGCGCCGGUUGCCCCUUGCACCAGGGGGAAAUACCACGCGACUCGCAGAAGACGCCGGCUCGGACGACUCUGCAGACAAAGUACGCGCCGACCCACCCAAACCCUUACCCGCAAUGGCACAAGGCGCGUUACCCGCACCACCGAGCCUGUGGACGACGUCUGGCUCGGACUCGUCGUCGUUGAAAGCCUCAAAGAAGGGCAAGAUCAGAAACGUCCCUGCGCCCAUACGCACAGACCAUAACAACGCUGGCCCAAGCGACGGCCUCACAGGUGGACGCUAUCACGACUUUGACCACACCGUCGGCAACUUUGAGCCACAACGUCACGCUCCCGCUCCCCCGACUCAGCCCAACGGCCGCGAUCCUCCUAAGAAGAGCACACUACGUAUCGACACCUCUGACGCGUCACAACAGUCCAGCGGGCCUCAUUACCACCACCAAAGAUCUGUCACCGAUCCCUUGCAGCCUCCCACCUACAAGCAGCCGAUGGACUACUUGCGAUCUAUGCCAGAACGGAGAACGGCCUCGGGCAUGAGCGAAGGGCGGCGGACACCCAUCUCGGAGAACGCGGCACGGAGAGCCGACGGCGAUGACAACCCGCGCCAGCGCAAUGUCACCGCGCCUACGCAGCCUACGAUUAAGCCCCGCAAGUCGUCGGAUCUGCUGCGUCGUCCAUCAGCGGAACUUCUGGGCAUGUUCCGGCCAGACGCAGAAAGAGCGUCGCGAGAAAGAGAAGCCAAAGAGGCUAAGGCCGCGGCCCAGCGGGCGUUAGGCGUCGACAGCGACAACCGCAAGGGGCCGGCGAUCACGCUCAAGAAGAGCUCUGGUGCGCUGCGCAACUUAUUCCGGAGCAAGCCCAAGGAGCCACCUCCCGAGACACCCAACCUUCCCAGAACGAGCUUCGCGCUUGGCGACUUGGUACGGCCCAAGCCGAACAUCUCUAGCGGAAACACGACGCCGAUAUCCGUGCAUCAACCGUUUCAGCCUGAGGGCCACGGACGUCUGUCGCUUCACGAACGCCAGGCGCCUUCCAUCACCUCGAGCUCGGGUGAUUCAGCGAGCAGAGGAAAGAAGAAGUCAACGGCAAGCGACCGGGACCUUCCGCCAUUGCCGGCUUGCGAUUCAGGCUCGACUUUCAAAGCAUCUGGGACCACGAAGAAGCCGUCGUCGCCGAUACUGUCGAAGCUCUCGCCAAAGCUACCAUCACCGAAGGCACUGAGACGCGGCGCUCCACCAUCACCCACCGAGUCCAAGGGUGUGAGACUGCCACCUGUACCGGGCGCAACACUUUCGCCCCACUCUCGCAUGCCAGUCGGUGGCUUAUCGGCACCGCAGGACGACCCGUUGCGAUACUCGAAACUGCCGCCCAGAGGCACGUCCAAGGACAACGUCGCCGACAGUGCGAAGAAGGCGACCAGCCCCGUCGGUUCGGACACUGGGUCGACGUCUACUGUGCGCCAGUUUGCGGAGGAGGAAGGCCGAUCCUCGUUCGACAGCUUGGCUGAGGGCGCGCAGGAGUGGAAACCUGCGCUCAAAUCGUCGAGCUCGCUGCACCUGUUACAGCUACCCGAGCUUGACCUUGCGCUGGACUUCUCUUUUGACGGGUUCGGCUCCACCUCCGCGUCCUCGCCGAAAUCCUCUCCUCAUGGCAGUCAGCCCGGCACGCCUGGGUCGCGAUCGCGCUCGGCCAGCGGCACGCUCUUGACCUCGCCGGCGUCCAAGGCUGUGCGUACUGAGAGACGUCGGUCCAAGUCGUUCGACGCGGCGGCGAAUGGUGACGAGGACAUGUGGCGGUCGCUGGACUUUGACAAGUCGUGGAGCAACAACAAGCUGUUCACGGCGACGCCGAGCUCUGUCUCUGCGCCGAAGCUUACGACGACCGCCGCGUCACCAGACGUGAAUGCGACGAGCAAAGGCGCGACGAACUCGGGAUUGUCUGCCAAUUCGGGUGGGACCACUGGCACUAGCACAUCGCGGGACAGCGACUCACUCUCCACCCACGGGUCGUUUGACCAUUCCCGCACGCCGUCCGGUGGCAGCAGCACGAACGAGACUAGCUCGCCGUCGCCGCCACGGACACCCGAGGACGCCCACUCGGCGUUCCUCGCUUCUGGGGUCGAUGGCAAGGCGCCGCGCACGUCACUCGACUCGCCAAUCGCACUGGAGGUGCCAGAGCAGACCAUUGGCAAGAGCCUGUUGGCUUACGACCGGCCGUACUCGGCAGGAAGCAGCACGACGCCGUCAUCCUCCUCCCCGGCCACACCAACCAAGACGGACCUGCGAACGCCGAAGGCGGAGAUGGCACCUGUGGUUUCGUCUUCUGAGGCGCCCACGCCUAAGGCUGAGACUCCGACACUGACGCCGACGCCGACGCCCAGCACGUCUGCGCCGAUGCUGGUGGAGAAGGCGCUUCCCAAGCUGAAGCAGCGUGCGCCCGUGUCAGCACCAGCACCAAAGAAGUCUGGCGCGCGGCUCAUUCACGAUAACCCGGCCCGACCACCGCGCGAGCUCGAGGAGCCCAAGGAGCCUGAGCAGAUCCCGCCAUCCAAGGCCUCGUUCCGCUGCCGCCCGACGCAUAGAACACUGCUUGCGGACGCCAAACCUGUCAUGCCCGACCCAAACGUGUCGAUACGCGACCUCACGCAGGACUUAAUCCGCGCGCUUGAUAACUUCCGGUAUCCGACGCAGUCUGGCAGUGGUCCAGAACGCUCUGGCAUCAUCCGCAACAGGCUCCUAGUACUGGUCCAGGAGGUGGACCGCCGCUGCUACUUGCCCCACGAGGAGGCGGCGUACAGAGAUCUCCGCGAGGUGUGCUUCGACUGGGCGGACUCGCUCUUGUUCGAGUUGCGUGUUGAACAGCCAGCCAACGAGCGCGGCGCCUGUCUCGAGGGCCUAGCUGCGGUCCUUGAGAGCCAGUGCCUCGCUGCCCACGCGCUCGAGGCUUCACCGUCGCACCAGGACGCCUUCCUCCACCUCAUGAUGCGCGUCAUGAACUUUGUCAUGGAUAAGCUAGGCGCCAAGGGAGUGUUCCACAACACACUGCUGUUCAGCGGUCGCUUCUUGGCGUUCGCGUUCUUCCGCAUUCCUCAUGUGGGCGGGCAACUCGUUGGCGUGCUGCAACCGCCACGAGGUGCGCUCAUGCGUUUCACGCGCCCCGUCUUGCUCGGCCGCAAGGUUCCGUCAGAGGCGCAGCCCAGCUACCCGACGCACCUCGAGGGACUCUGUUUCGACGACUCGCAGUCAUACACGCGGCGUCUCCUCACGCUCGACCCCGACUUUGACUCUGCCGCUGAGAAGGAGGCGUUCCACUUCCAGCCUGGCAAUUGGUUACGCCGCUGGCAGUCGGACGACUCGGAGCUCUUCCCGGCGUUCUAUAGAGCCUACCACAAGCAGCUCGCAUUCUACCUCGCGCCGGCCAUAUCGUACUACCAGCAGCAACGGCGGCCGAUCCCGGCGAGCGUACUCCUGCGCGCGCCUGGCUACGCACACCUCGCGACGAUCUUCUCGAUCAAGUGCCACUCGUACAUCCUUGGCUCUGUCAACGCAGUUACGACCUCGUCGUCGACCCAGCACUUUGACGCGACCGAGUCGGCGGGUUUCAGAGGCAGCCAGAAGCCGGCCGUGCUCGAGACGGCUAACCGCCGCCUUGUGGAAACGCUGUGGAUGUUUGCCUCGGCGCCGAUCAACGUACCGACCCACGAGAACGUUGUCGUCCAGUGCGAGGGCUCGCAGCUGUGGGGCGAGAUGGUCGACCUGUGGACCAAGAACCUCAUCGCCAAGACCAGCCUGUACGCGCCCAAGGGCGUGUUCUGCCUGUUCGACCUGCUCGAUGGCCUCGUCGACCCAAUCCAGUGGGGCGACGUACACUCGCCCCUCGACGUGCCGUACCUCAUUGGCCUGUUCCGCCUCAUCCUCAACGAGGGCGAGCACGCGCUGACGCUCGUCAAGGUCAUUGCGUUUUUAUUCACGCACUGGGAGAUCCUCACUGCGCGGCCAGAGGACAGGCGCGAGUUGUGCAUGGACAUUCUGCUGAACAAGAAGCUGUUUGAGCGGCUGCUCCUCUUCUGGUCGCAAUCUGUGCGCAGCUACGUGUUACGCUUAGUCGUGUUCCGCCUUGGCCACCUGCACACGACCAAGGAUGAACCCGCGUCCUAUGAGGUUGAAAUCCAGUCCGUCCGCCUGCUUCAGCAGCGCCUCGAUCGGAUCAAGAAACGCUACGACGAGCUCGAGCCGCAGCAGUCUCCAGAGAUACUGGACAGCGCAUCUCUGCCACCAAGAACGCCUACAACGCCCGGACUGCCUCGCAGCCGCUCCACUAUAACAAUGGUUACGGAUUCGCCACAGGCGACGACCCGCGCGGAAAGACUCUUAGCCAAGGAGGAGGACGACAGCAAGUCGAAGGGCUCGUGGUGGAAGCGCACGCUCGGCAUGCAGAAGAAGCCGAAGGGUUCGUCGCCCAAGCCGCCGUCCUCGCCAAGCAUGCCUGACAACUCGCCAGUGGUGAGGUCGCCAAGACUCUCGACAGCAUCUACGGGGUCGAAUGGUAGCGGGUCGCCGCACACCGCAUCCAACCCGUCGCUUCCGGCGCCGAAAAACAACCCAGCAGCACCAGGCGUGCGCAAGGGGGACAAUGGGGCGACCUCGCCGCGGUCGACGCUGGGCCCGAGCCUGAUGCCGCCCGAGAUUGGAACGGGUGGUUCAGGUUCGCCGACGUCACCGACAUCACCGUCCAACCCGAUCGCACGGGGCACCGCGCGCAAGUCGCCCCCUCCGAACAUCUCGACCGAGGGUGGGCCGAAGCCGCACGUCCGGGCAAUCCAAGACGCCAAGGCGCAGUUUGCGUUCGAGUUCGAGCUGCCCACUGCAUCGCCACUGAGCGACACGUUCGAGGCGAGCAACGCCACCUCUCCUCGACGAAACUCGCAACCGCCGAGUCCGCGUGGCGCGACGAGCCCACACAUGAGCCACUCGUUCUCGAAGCGCUCUUCCCUUCUCCCGCCGAGUACGGAGAAGGCGCUCGAGGCGUACGGGCACUCUACGCCAAAGAUAGCGCCACGGGAUCGCGACCCGGGGUAUCCGCUGCGGCUGCACGCGUACGCGAUCCGCAUGCUCGCCGAGCUUGAGGACGCACAGAAGGAAUACGACGAGUGGUGGUCGGAGGGUGGCAUUGGCAAGGUGGAUGGCGCGCCGCCGCGUCUCGCUGUCGCCUGGCCGUUCCACGAGGGUGAGGAGUAG